GAACCACUGAGACUGCUGCUGGUCAGACGACCGAGACUGCUGGUGGUGUUCAAACUACCGACACUGCUGCCGGCACUGAGACUACAGAGGCUGCCGUCACUACUACUGAGGCUGCUUCCACAACUGCUGCUGGCUGCACUGCUGCUUACACCACCGUUGACAGCGCCCCUGCCGAGUCUUGCGCCGUCAUGGGCCGAUCCCAGGAUGGUUCCCCCAUUGAGAUGUAUCGACAGAUCGACAGUGCCGACGAGUGUGCCACCAAGUGCGCUGACUAUGUCAAUGAGGAAAACGCUGGAGAGGUUUGCAACACCUUCUCUUACCAGGUUGAGUCUGGUGUAUGCCAACUUUACGCCGAUUCGCUGUACGAACUGAACGUUGACGAUUCCGAAUGCGAAGAGGGCUCCAUCUGCCCGGCGGACUCCUCCUUUUACGAGUUGCACGCCUGCUACGCUAAGUGCGAUGGAUAUGUUGUUCCUACAACCACCGAGGCUGGAACAACUGAUGCCGCUACUACCACCGAGGCCGGUACCACUGAGGCUGCUGGCACCACCACUGAGGCUGCUGGUACUACUACCGAAGAGGCUGCUGGCACCACCACCGAGGCUGCUGCUACUACUGACGCUGGCACCACCACCGAAGCUGCUACUACCACCGAGGCUGCUGGUACUACUACCGAAGAGGCUGCUGGCACCACCACCGAGGCUGCUGCUACUACCGACGCUGGCACCACCACCGAAGCUGCUACUACCACCGAGGCUGCCGGUACUACUACUGAAGCUGGCACAACCACUGAGGCUGCUACCACUACUGAGGCUGCUCCCGUCUGCACAAACUACAUCCCCAAGCCCAACCGCCCUAGCACUUGCGGCCAGCAAGGCAAGGUCAGCUGCCGUUCUUCUCAGAAGCUCGGCCAACCCGUAUGGACUGCCAGCGCCGACAAGUGUGGAAAGAUCUGCGGAACCACCGAGGGCUGCAAGACCUUCUCCUUCAAGUACAACGGCUCCAAGUGCCAGCUCUACAGCGCUGCCCUGGACCAGCUCACCUUCACUCCCUGCAACACUGGCGUCAAGUUCUACGAUCUUGAGAAGUGCUACACUUGCCAGAACGAGGUCACUCCUCCUCCUCCUGCCACAUGCUCCAAGUAUGUUUCCGACCCCAACUGCAGCAGCAACACCUACUGCGGUACUCGCGGUUCCAUCUGCGAGGAGGUACUCAUCCCCAACGUCGGUGAUGCCUCAUGCCUUGAGAACUGUGCCAAGAGCUGUAUCGAAUACGGCGCCGAGUGUGUGUACUUUAGCUACAAGCCCACCACCCCCUGGGGCAGCGCCAAGUGCAAGCUGUACAAGUCUGGCAAGAUCAUCAAGAACAAGAACUCCAUCAUCAAGUUCUACCAGCAGCCUUGCUUCAAGUGCCAGAACCCUCCCGCUCUACAUGAAUAUAUGAUCUGGACAACCAAUAUCGUGUCCCUGAUCGAAAUACUGUGA